AUGAAAAAUCGAACAGUAGUGAAAGAGUUCACUCUUUUGGGAUUAACAGAUGACCCAAAGCUAAAUAUUUUGAUCUUUCUGUUUCUGCUUCUCACUUACAUUCUUAGUGUAACUGGAAACCUUACAAUUAUUACUCUCACCCUAACAGAUGCACAUCUCAAAACACCCAUGUAUUUCUUCCUUAGGAAUUUUUCUUUCCUAGAGAUCUCUUUCACAACCGUUUGUAUUCCUAGAUUUUUGGUGAGCAUUGUAACAGGGGAUAGGACCAUUUCCUAUAAUUCUUGCAUGGCCCAGGUGUUUUUCUUCAUACUCCUUGGUUCCACAGAGUUUUUCCUUUUGACUGCUAUGUCCUAUGACCGUUACGUAGCUAUCUGUAAGCCAUUGCAUUACAUGACGAUCAUGAACAGCAGAAUCUGUAUGCAGCUUGUAACUGCCUCCUGGCUGGCUGGAUUUCUCAUUAUCUUCCCACCUGUGAUCAUGGGACUCCAACUGGAUUUCUGUGACUCCAACAUCAUUGACCACUUCACCUGUGACUCUUCUCCUAUGCUACUAAUUUCCUGCACUGACACAACUUUCCUAGAGCUCAUGGGAUUUUUCCUGGCAGUGUUUACUCUCAUGGUAACCUUAACGUUGGUUGUUCUUUCCUAUGUAUUCAUCCUUAAGACUAUUCUGAGGCUCCCUUCUGCGGAGCGAAGGAAAAAGGCCUUUUCCACCUGCUCCUCACACAUGAUUGUGGUCUCCAUUUCAUAUGGAAGUUGCAUUUUCAUGUAUGUCAAAACCUCAGCCAAAGAAGGCGUGGCUUUAACUAAAGGUAUUGCAGUACUCAAUACAUCUGUCGCCCCAAUGCUAAAUCCUUUUAUUUACUCCCUAAGAAACCAGCAGGUAAAACAGUCCUUUAGAAAUCUUGUCAAGAAAAUGUUUCUCAAAUAA